AUGCUUCUGUUGGCAUUAAGCGAUGCUCACAUCCCGGAACGAGCGAUUGAUCUUCCGCAAAAGUUCAAGAAACUGAUAGGCGUGCCCAACAAAAUACAACAGGUGGUUCUUUUGGGUAAUUGUACGAAGAGCCACAGCUUUUUGAAGUUUGUGAACCAAAUCUCAUCGAAUGUGGUCAUAGUGAGAGGAGAGUUCGACACCAAGAGCGUGGCUUCGACCAAAAAUUCCCGGGAAGAGAUCCCAUUGAGCACCAUUAUCAAGCAGGGGGACUUCACCGUAGGCUGCUGCAACGGCUACACCAUUGUGCCCAAGAGCGAUCCACUGUCACUGCUAACGCUCGCGCGCCAGUUAGACGUUGAUAUCGUUCUGUGGGGUGGAACGCACAACGUCGAAGCCUACACGUUGGAGGGCAAGUUUUUUAUAAAUCCCGGCACCUGCACCGGGGCGUUCAGCACCGACUGGCCGCAAUCGCAGGAUCCAGAGCCAGAAACUGAGAAAUCGGACGCGGACAAGGCUGAAGCGUCAGUCACAGCUGCAAAUGCAACUGCAAAUGUAACUGCAACUGCAACUCAAACUGGAGCGUCCGAAAGCGAUUCCGAGGACGAAGACGAAAAUGAAGGCAAGAGCAUUCCUAGUUUCUGCCUGUUGGACAUCCAGGGCUCCACGUGUACCCUGUACAUCUACACACUCGCCGACAACGAGGUCAAGGUCGACAAAGUCGUCUACACUAAGAGCUGA